CUCAAGGUUAUUUCCUCUGCGUCUUCACCCGAGAUGAGAGAUGUGAAGACUACAACACCAAAAAGACUCUGGAAGAAGUGAUCCAAGUUGCUGACCGAAGUGCAGCAUAAGAGUAACCACCUUCCCAACAGCUUGGACUCACAGAUUGAAUCUUCAGUUUUCUAUGCUCACUCUGCAAAUGGACGAUUGACAUGGACUGACUUCAAAAGACUUUCGACAAAGUCAAGAGUGGCCCGGAGGCCUUCAUCACGCAGGAAGAAUAUGAAUGCUAGGCCAGGCGAUCCGACCUCUCUCUCUCUCUCACUCUCCCCACCGAUAAGUAAAUCAGAUAGACAUGGCAGUUAUGUGUUAGGGAUUUAUAUUAUAGUUAAUCAAUUCUGAUAAUCAUGUUACAUGUUGUUUGAAUCAAUUUAAGCUGUAUGCCUUGCGCCUGCUAUAAUACUUAAAAUAAAAUGAAUCUUUUGAUUUAAACCUAGAAUUGUGGACAGUAAGAAUUUGUAUCUUUAUGAGGUGUUUUAUAAAGGUUUGGCGCGAUUAACUUCUCAAAGGUUUUGUUAAUGGUUGUCUCUAGCAAGUAGAUUAAACAUGUCCCUGUGGUCAAUUUCUGACUACUAACUAAACCUAGUCAAUACCAAGUGCACAGAUGAUAGAGGAGAGCUGUCAGACGACCGUGACUGGUGGUAGCCGCCGAAUUCACAUUGCUAUUCAAUUUGGCGGGAUUAUUGGUGCAAGCGGGAUAGACGGUUGUAUACAGGCAGUAGACACUAUGCUAAGUCUCCUCGCCACCAACUUAAAUAGUCACUAUAUUCUAGUUAAGGCAGAACUUGAUAGGAUUAGGACUCGGGCCCGUUAGUUGGAGAGUUGGUCGAUACUCGCCCAUGAGGGACCAGGGCGCGACCUACGCGGAUCUAACAGGGUGAACAGCAGUGGACUCAGAACGCAGCCCUGUGGGGUGCUCUGAGAAAUGGUGCUGGAAGUGCUGUUUCCAACCCACACAUGCUGGGGUCUGUUGAUGGGCCAUGCUCAGGUGGAGUGCAGAGGAGAUGGGCAGCCGUCCUGGUAAACUGUCCGGGCCCGCCGCCUUCCGGGGGUUAACUUUCUUCAGCGUCCUCUGGACCUCAACUGUGUCGAGGAUCAGUGAUUGUUCAUCAUGCUUGGGAACAGCUUUCAUUGCAGUUGUGUUGUUCAGUGCCUCAAAUCGUCCAAAGUGAUUAUUGAGGUUGUUGAGAAAGAUUGUGUUGUCCUCACAGGGUGGUGGAGCAGCCUUGUAUCCAGUGAUGGUCUGAAUUCCCUGCCACAUGCGCCUGGUAUUCAUGGAGUCAUUAAAGAAACUCUGGAUUUUUUGCCCAUGGGUGUGCUUAGCUUCUCUGAUGGCACGGUCCAGUUUCAUGAUCAUGGGUCUGCCGCAACUCUGCAGCAGGAUCAGGGGUCUACCUCAGCUCAACAACAGCAUCAAGGGUCUGCCGUGGCUCAGCAGCAGGAGCUGCGGUCUGCCGCAGCUCGACAGCAGGGUCUGCCGUGGCUCGGCAGCAGGGACUGGGAUCUUAGAGCUUGCCUGACGGCGUCUCAAACGGCUCGAUUUUUUCCUCAGAAGCCUGGAAGUCUUCUGGAGGCUCAGAGGACCUCCCAGGGCCAGGCGAGUUCCACGAAACAGAUCAAGAGCUGGAGCAGGAGGAUCGGCGCUGACUAGCAGAAAAGAAGGUGGCCUGUGGAUGAGGAUAGUGUGUAAGGACGUGACGGCAGAGACACUGUAUGACGUCCUCCAUGACACCAGCUACCGCAGAAAGUGGGACACCAACAUGAUCGACACGUACGACAUUGGCAGGCUGACCGCCAACGCCGACGUCGGAUAUUACUCCUGGAAAUGUCCGAGCCCUCUGAAGAACAGAGACUUUGUGACGAUGAGGUCUUGGCUUCCUCUCGGCAACGACUACCUGAUCAUCAACUACUCCGUCAAACAUCCGCAACAUCCUCCCAAGAAGGAUUACGUCCGAGCCGUGUCCCUGCUGACCGGAUACCUGAUCCAGUCCAACGGAGCCAGCUGCUCCACCCUCUACUACCUGACUCAGAUGGACCCCAAAGGUUCGUUACCAAAGUGGGUGGUGAACAGAGUCUCUCAGUUUGUGGCUCCAAAGGCCAUGAGGAGGAUCUACAAGGCGUCCCUGAAGUAUCCAGACUGGAAGCGGAAGCACAACCCAAACCUGAAGCCGUGGAUGUUCCCGGAGCAGAACGCGCUGCCGUGCCUCAGCGUGUCGGAGCUGACGCUGCAGCGCGCCGACUCUCUGGAGAACAUCGACGAGAGCGGCCUGAGCGAGGAGAAGACGCACCACAGCGAGGACGAGGAGACCUGAAGUGACUGAGAACAUGGAGUCUCAUUCUUUGUUUGUUGGGUGGUUUGUUUGUCACGGACUUCAGCAGGAUUCGGUUUUCCUCUGCGUUCUUCUUCCAUGGUUCAGCUCCAACUCAGGCUGUAAACGAUGAGCAGAUUAUUCAGGAUUAGACAAAUAAAAAUGGGAUUAAAGUGUC